UUAAGCUGUUAUAAAUGUUGAGCAAAAUUUUAAUUUUGUAAUAAUGUUUAUAGCCUUCUUCGAUUUUUAAAUUAUUAAAAAUGUUAUUAACGUAUUGUUUUAUUCGUUUGUUUACAAAUGGAGUCACUUGUUCUGUUGAGGCAGUUGCAUUAUGGACUAUAUCGCACAGAGAAAUGAUAACUAAUAGAAAUACUAUGGUUAUGUGCAUUACUAAAUAGAUUUAUAAUUUUGUUGAGUACAUUAUUCUGAAAAUUUAUGUUAAUAUGUUAAUAACAGUACAGAAUACUAAAAGAAAUCAUAGUUGAACAGUAUAAUAGAAAUGUAUUACCAAUUGUAUCCAAAGAAAUAAAAAUAUCGUAAAAGAUUAGUUUAUUACAUUCGAAGUAACGUUAUAGAAAAAUUUUAUUCAAAGCUAGCGUGAUUUUGAUAUUUUUUGUGAAAAAUUGCGUAAAGUAUAAAUAUAACUGUAUCUGUUGACUUGAAGUGCUAAUUUAAUAUCUAUAAAUAAUUGAAAAAAUAUACUAAAAUGUAGAAAAAUAUGAUUUAGUUGUAUGAAAAUAUUACUUUUUGGUAUCAUGUUGCUAUAAUACAGGAACAUAAAUUACUAUUUUGAAGAUUUUUAUUUUCAUUAUGAAUAUAAUGUCUAAAGCAAAAAUAUUAAUUGUAAAUAUACUCUUUGUGAGCACAUUUAGCUUUGAUAUAAGAAAAGUUAGCGUUAAAAUAGAUUACAACAAAACAAAAACAAUCGUGCAAAAUAGUUUAAACGAGGUUGUUAAUUUAUUACACAUAGAAGUGCCGGUAUCUCGGAAACCUAAAAUGCGACUCUUAGUAGUUAUGCAAAAUAACCUAAAUAACAUUGUGCAUUAUAAGUGGAAAGUGCAUUCGGAAAUGCAAUAUAUUGCUAGAGCAGAAAGUAUCGUAGUACCUGAAAAACUAUACGAAUAUGUAACAUCAGCUAUUAUUGAUAUGGAAAAAGAAAAUCGAAAUAAUCAGACAGUAAAAAAUAAUACAAAUACUUAUGUUUCAAGUGAUUUUUUCUCGGAAGUUUUAAAUGCCAUAAACAGCCAGAACGUAACGGAGGUUGGUGAUGUAGACACAAAUAUUGACGGUCAAGAUAAAGACACGAAUAGAAGAAAAAUGGACGACGACGAUUUAGAUAUAUGGGAGCCUGAUGCAGAACUUGAGAAUAGUGGCCGAAGGCUGUACGGGGGUAAGAGGGUGGGUAUCAGGCGGUACCCCUUCAUUGUCAGCAUUCACGUACUGGGCAAGUUCAAGGGGACUGGCUGCAUCAUCAACAGAAACUUCGUCAUCACCGCCGCGUCUUGUUUACUACCAAGUACCGUGUACACGGCAGCCGAAAGUCCAAUUCAAAUCCGAAUCGGCAGUGAAUUCGCGACAUCUGGUGGCGAACUUCUCCCAGCUGAAGCAGUGGUCUUUCACCCACGGUUCGACUCAGUUUCCAUGGACAACAACUUAGCGAUCGUCAAGGUGAAGAACGUGUUUAAUUCGGAGAUGAGGCCUAUAAUCAAGAAGAUCCGCAUUGGCAGCUUACCAGGCCACUUGCCGAAGAAUUUCGCCAAUAAAGGCGUGUUCGUUUUGGGUUGGAGAAUUGAUCCGAACGACACUUUAACUCCUUAUAAGCUGUCGUCAGCCUUCCUCGACAUGAAUUCUUUGGAUAUGUGCAUGAAUGUCUACACAACCCGCCUUAUGGACGCGAAGCACUUCUGUGCUGGAUUAGUCUACAAAGGAAAUGGGGCAUGUAAUGGUGACAUGGGAAGUCCAGCUAUAGUGUUAGGAAGCCUGGUAGGCCUCGUCAACUUCGGCCCGCAAACUUGCGGAACAUCGCCUUCGCCGACAGUAUUCACCAAACUGUCCUACUACACGUCUUGGAUAAACGAUGUAGUAAAAGAGGAUCCUGUUUCAAUUCCGUUCCAUUACAAAUCAAAGAUCCCCGAACAAUCAAACAACAAUUUCAACAAGAACCAGAAUUCUCCUGAAGAGAUACUUCUUCUAAGACAGUUAAUUCACGAAAUUGAUAAACCUAACAAUGAUUUAGCAGAUAACAUAGAAGACAAUGAAGUCGAAGACGAAAUGAAAGUCCUAUUUCAGACAACACCAACUAAUUUUAUCGAUGCUGCUCAUCAUUCGUUAGUAAACAAAAGUGUACUUUUGGUACCCGGGGUACACAUAAAAGAGUAUGUCACUGAAGCAACCCAUGUCGCCGUUACCCCAUAUGUAACUCAGAGUAUUAUAGACAUAGGUUUACCUACAAAUUUACCAUACCAAGAAAUAGAUUCUGUUGUGAAAAAUAGCGAUGAGCUGCGUUAUUAUAUCCACGAUAUUUUGACAAACGGAAAUACAAUUUUGGCGGAUGAAGUUGAAAAGUAUGUCGGAAUAGAUCUCGGACUUAGGACUCAGCAGAAAAAGAAACGCGAAAAGAAAUCAGUUGAAACUGAUUCGAAUGAUAAUUUUGAAUAUGAUUCAUAUGAAGGACUGAGUAUUGAAGUUAAAAAAAAAGCCCAAGAUCUUCUAAAUAAGGCUCAAAUUAAAGCAAACAACAACGCACAGUUGGCUAGUUUACAACAGAGUUCAGUAUUGGAUUUAGGCGAUCACAAUGUUCAACUUGACAUGAAAGUUAACAAAGACAUGCGUUUCAGUAUACGGCCUUCAGAAAUGUGGUCCGAAGCUAUGCGAAUAAAGAAAAUAUACCAUGACAAAAGUAAAUUCCGAAAGGGAUACAUGAAACUUAACGGUGAGCCAAAACGAUUUCGAUCUAUACAUGUACCUAAUGCUCCAUGGGGGUAGUAAGUAUUUGCGUGAAACAGAAUAAUUUAUUUUAUUCCUUAAAUAUGGUUAGGUGUGCUUAUUUAGUACAACAUGCGCGUAUACAUUAUACCAUUAUUAGCGUCACAAUUUAAUUUAACAUGAUUAAAUACUAAAUCUAUGUUAGGAAUAUUCACACACACACUGUCUAAAUGAAUGAUAUACAUUGUCAAACUGUUGAUAAAUUACGAUUGAGUGUGAUUUAAAAUAACUUAAAUUUCGCUGACAUUAUAAUAAGUAAUAGAAUACUUUAUAAAAGAAAAGUGUAAACUGUACUUAACGUUAAGAAUAAAUAUAAUACAAAUUAAGAAAACAAAA